GCCUAAACCCAGAAAAGCAGUAAAUUCUAGCGGCCGCGCCGUGCAAAACUCCCCACAAGCUACCCCAUGCAGCCUAACGCUACUCCACUCGGGCCAGUGACAAGCUCGGAACAAUCGCGUUUUCCGAGCGGCGGCCGAAAGAAAAACAGUGGUAAAAAAAAUUAUUCUACAGAGGCUCGGGCCAAUGCGACACCAUAAUUCAGAAGGGAACCUUGCAACUGGUUACUUUGCAGAGCUACCCGACGGGAACGGAAACAGGCUUGCGCGAUUUGCACUUGCACCCUUCUUUAACCUCAACUUGUAAAAAAACAAUCUUCUUCCUCUUUUCUUCUCUCCUCUCUUCCUCGUGUGCGGUGCCUCGGUUUUUUAUCUCUCUCUCCCCACGAAAGCUCUCCUCUCUACCUUUUAGAUACCCCCCACUUGUCAUCAUGUUGUCUCGAGGAUCUCUUCGAUCGGCCCAGCUGCUGCGCGGCGUCGCCAAGCAACAACCUCAGCUCGCCCGAUCCUUCGCCACCGUCCAGUCCGACAUCUUCAAGCCCGCCAAGUUCGGCGGCAAGUACACCGUCACCCUCAUCCCCGGUGACGGUAUCGGUACCGAGGUUGCCGAGUCCGUCAAGACCGUCUUCAAGGCCGACAACGUCCCCGUUGAGUGGGAGCAGAUCGAGGUCUCCGGUCUCGAGGGCGCCGGCCGAACUGAGGAUGCUUUCCGCGAGUCUGUCGCUUCUCUUAAGCGCAACAAGCUCGGUCUCAAGGGUAUCCUUCACACUCCCAUCAGCCGAUCCGGCCACCAGAGUUUCAACGUCGCCAUGCGACAGGAGCUCGAUAUCUACGCCAGCAUCAGCUUGAUCAAGAACAUCCCCGGCUACGAGACCCGCCACAAGGACGUCGACCUGUGCAUCAUUCGAGAGAACACUGAGGGCGAGUACUCUGGUCUCGAGCACCAGAGCGUCGACGGUGUCGUCGAGUCCCUCAAGAUCAUCACCCGCGCCAAGUCUGAGCGUAUCGCCAAGUUCGCCUUCUCUUUCGCUCUCGCCAACGGCCGAUCCAAGGUUACUUGCAUUCACAAGGCCAACAUCAUGAAGCUUGCCGACGGUCUUUUCCGCAGCACCUUCCACCAGGUCGCCAAGGACUACCCUACCCUCGAGGUCAACGACAUGAUCGUCGACAACGCCUCCAUGCAGGCUGUCUCUCGUCCCCAGCAAUUCGAUGUUAUGGUCAUGCCUAACCUUUACGGUGGUAUCCUGUCCAACAUUGGUGCCGCUCUUGUUGGUGGCCCUGGUAUCGUCCCUGGUUGCAACAUGGGCCGUGAGGUCGCUGUUUUCGAGCCUGGUUGCCGUCACGUCGGUCUUGACAUCAAGGGCAAGGACCAGGCUAACCCCACUGCUAUGCUCCUGUCCGGCAGCAUGCUGCUGCGACACCUCGGCCUCGAUGAGCAUGCUAACCGCAUCUCCAAGGCCACCUACGCUGUUAUCGCUGAGGGCAAGGUCCGCACCCCCGACAUGGGCGGCUCCUCCACCACCCACGAGUUCACCAAGGCCAUCCUCGACAAGCUCGAGACUGUUUAAAUGAAGCAUCUUUUGUGAUAUCCCCCUCCCAAAACAAACCAUGCGAAACCACCAUUUUUUUAUUUUUCGUCUAUCUUUCCCGUAUGUAAAGCGGGAGCCGAUUGGACAUAACACGCACACACACACACAUUCUGAAAAAGACAGACACACCCACCAUACCUCGAAUAUAUAUACCUGACGACCCGGGACAGCGGAUUUUAAGGCGUUCUGAGAGGCAGGGGUUUGGCGGCGACGUCGAAGGAAGAAAAGAAAGAAGAGAAGACGGAACAGAAGAAGACAGAGGAUGAUGAUUGAAAUAGCAGAAGGAGAUUGUACGUGUAACAUGAACUCUCGCAGUCUUGAAUAUAUUGUAAAGUCCACGUUGUUCCCAAUUGCUGUGUGAUGAGCCUAUGAGCAGGAGCUUACGAAGUGUACGUGCUACGGUUUUUCUUUGUGGCAAUUUGAGGUUCUUCCAACAGUACGUUCA